AUGGCUACCUCACCGGGAUACCUGGAUAUCAUGGAAAAGGCACGGAACAUGACAGUGACUGACUGCUUUCAGUCUCGGAGCACCGUGCUGAAGGGGCAGCCCUUUGGGGGCAUCCCCACCGUGCUGAUCAUCAAUACCAUCUUGUGGUUGUUCAUCAUUCUGAUUUACUCCUUCCUCCGGAAAGCCGCGUGGGACUAUGGGCGCCUGGGCCUGCUGAUAAACAACGGCAGCCUGACCUCGCUGAUCUACGGGGAGCAGAGUGAGAAGACGUCUCCCUCGGAUAUUUCCCUGGAGAUGGAGCACAGGGACAAGGGCUUCUAUUCCUGGUUCUUCAACACCAUCACCAUGAAGAACGCAGAUCUGAUCAGCAAAUGUGGAGACGACGCCCGAAUCUAUAUCACGUUCCAGUAUCACCUCAUCGUCUUUGUGAUCAUCAUCUGCAUCCCCUCCCUGGGCAUCAUCCUGCCCAUCAACUACUCUGGGAACGUGCUGGACUGGAAUAGUCACUUUGGUCGGACCACCAUUGUCAAUGUCUCCACAGAGAGUAAGCUGCUGUGGCUGCAUAGCUUCUUUGCCCUCCUGUACUUCAUCAUCAACUUCUUCUUCAUGGCUCAUCACUGCUUAGGGUUUGUGCCCAAGAGGAGCUCUAAGGUCACAAGGACACUGAUGAUCACCUAUGUCCCCAAAGAUAUCCAAGACCCAGAAAUCAUCAUAAAGCAUUUCCACGAGGCCUAUCCAGGGUGCGUAGUGACCAGAGUCCACUUCUGCUAUGAUGUCAGGACCCUGAUUGACUUGGACGAUCAGAGGCGCCAUGCGAUGCGGGGCCGACUCUACUACACAGCCAAGGCCAAGAAACAAGGGAAGGUGAUGAUUAAGGUCCACCCCUGCUCGCGCGUGUGCUUUUGCAAGUGCUGGACCUGCUUCAAAGAGGUAGAUGCAGAGCAAUACUACAGUGAGCUGGAGGAGCAGCUGACCGACGAGUUCAACGCCGAGUUCAACCGCGUUCGGCUGAAACGUCUGGACCUGAUCUUCGUUACCUUCCAGGACACCAGGAUGACGUCGCACAUCCUGGAGGAUUACAGGUACAUCCAGUGUGGUGUGUCCCCCCGCCAGUCCUCAGUGAGCACCAUCGUCAAAUCCUACCGCUGGAGGGUUUCCUUUGCCCCACACCCCAAAGACAUUAUUUGGAAGCACCUGUCCAUCCGCCACUUCCAUUGGUGGGCCCGCUUCAUCGCGAUCAACACUUUCCUCUUCUUCUUCUUCUUCUUCCUCACCACUCCUGCCAUCAUCAUCAACACCAUCGACAUGUACAACGUCACCCGCCCCAUCGAGAAGCUGCAGAGCCCGAUCCUGACCCAGUUCUUCCCCUCCCUGCUGCUCUGGGCCUUUACAGUGAUAAUGCCUCUGAUUGUCUACUUCUCUGCCUUCCUGGAGGCCCACUGGACCAGAUCAAGUCAGAACCUGAUCAUAGUGUAUAAGUGCUACAUCUUCCUGGUGUUCAUGGUGGUCAUUCUGCCCUCUAUGGGGCUGACCAGUUUGGAUGUCUUUUUCCGCUGGCUCUUUGACAUCUACUAUCUGAAGGAGGGAUCCAUCAGAUUCCAGUGUGUGUUCCUGCCAGACAACGGUGCUUUCUUCAUCAACUACGUGAUCACAGCAUCUUUGCUUGGCACGGGCAUGGAGCUCUUACGCCUGGGGUCACUCUGCUUGUACAGCACCCGCCUCUUCUUCUCCAAGUCGGAGCCAGAGAGAGUCCACAUCAGAAGGGACCAGGCCAUAGAGUUCCAGUAUGGGCGUGAGUACGCAUGGAUGAUGAACGUCUUCAGUGUGGUGAUGGCGUACAGCAUCACCUGCCCUGUCAUUGUCCCCUUCGGGCUGCUGUACCUGUGCAUGAAGCACAUCACAGACCGCUACAACAUGUUCUACUCCUACGCGCCCACCAAACUCAACGAGCAGAUCCACAUGGCCGCCGUAAAUCAGGCCAUCUUCACGCCGCUGCUGGGUCUGUUCUGGAUGUUCUUCUUCUCCAUCCUACGAUUAGGUUCACUCCACAGCAUCACCAUCUUCUCCCUCACCGCUCUGAUCUUCUCCAUGAUAAUUGCCUUCCUGGGCACUUUUAUAGGGAGGCUUCGGAGGGCACGUGACUACGAGCCUGAGGAGGAGAUGGAGACCGUGUUUGACAUGGAGCCAAGCAGCACCUCCUCCACGCCCACCUCCCUUCUGUAUGUGGCCACAGUGCUGCAAGAGCCGGAGAUGAACCUGACACCAGCCUCUUCCCCUGCCCGGCACACCUACGGCACCAUGAGCAGAGCGCCGGAAGAGGGAGACGAGGGGAGCAGUGUGAGGGGCUUUUCGGGGGAGCUGAACACGGCCCAGUUCCAGGAAGGCCUGGAACUGGAGGGCCAGAGCCAGUACCACUAA